ACCAACACAUCGAGCCCACAUUUUUGUCCACAAAAAAGCUACAGCUCUGCAUGUUUCAGCGCUCGUUUUCUGAGUUCUACCUCCUGAUUCUUGCGCCACCGCUCUUGAUUGACGGGCAUUCAUAAUUUUUCUUUUUUUCUUUUGAGGACCUUCCAUGUCUAUAUAAGCUCCUCAUUUGCAUCCUCCUCACUUCAGGAAAAAAAGAAAGAAAGAAAUAAAGAAGAAAAGCAUUUGGGAUUUCUCUCUCAGCCCUCUCCAACUCGCCUAGCUUCCCCUCUUGCUGCCCGUCGUCGAGAAAUCAAUCAUGGGAGGCUGUGCGAGCAAACCCAAGGAUUUGGACACCCAGGAGGCACCUGCUCCGGUCGAGAAACCUAUCGACACCACCGAGAAGGCUGAGACCACCGAGACAAAAACCCAAGAGCCUCUGGUAGAUCUUUCUGAGGCCCCCAAAGUUGAGGAAGCGGCUGCAGAAUCAACAAAGCCCGAAGAAGCUGCUUCUCAGGAGGAGGAGGAGAAGGAGACGGAGAAGGAGAAGGAGACGGAGAAGGAGGCCGAGGCCGCUGAAUCAUCAGAAGCCACUUCUUCUGCUCAAGAGAUCAACAAGGCUGAGGAGCCACAAGAAAAGGAAGACAAGAAAGAUGAGGCUGCCCCUAAACCCCAGGACAACUGAUCACGCAUCUUUCUAGUUAGCGUGCCAGGAAUUACCAGAUAGGGUUUGUUUGUAUCGGGUGGACGUGAAAUGCAAUGUUAAAAAUCUAGCUGCAA